GACGACACGCGGCUGUCGCCCGAUAAGAUAACCGGAUCAAUCGUGGAUCGUUCAUUCGCUUUUCGUGGCGUUCGUUAUUAUAAAUUGUCGCCUCGUGCAGAAAAUUUUCAAUCCUUGUGUCGUGUAGCCGUACUCUCGUUGCUAUGAUACCUGUUGUAAAUAAUUAACAGUUGUCGUGCCGAGACCGUAACGUACAAUAAACGUAAAACGCCGUUGAAGUGCGCAUCAAUAAGGCUGGCUGUAGGCACUGUUUUGUAUUAUUUUAUUGUUUUAAUCGAAUAACGGUUUUAUAUCAAUUUUGCAGCUCACUUGUCAGUGCCUAAACGGACAUUGUCAUCAUGGUAGUGGCCAGUGCAAAUGGUAGCGCAUACACACCGACUGUUGUGGCGCAGGUCCGUUACAUGUUACAAUGGUUCGGUGAGUGGAGUGAAAUGGAACGCGGCGACUUCCUGCCGGUGUUGGUACAUGGGUUUGGGUGUAACGGCAGCGCUGCCAAUGGUCUACCGUCGAUUAUGGAAACCCUGUGCAAAGAAGAAGGCCGUCCACUAAGUCUGUUCAAAUGCCGCAUCAAGCUGUUCACCGAAUGGGUCCAGACAUGGUCCGAUGAAGACAAAGACAGCUUCCUGAGCGGUAUACGUUCUAUGGACACAGAUUUUGCAGACAGAUACGAACAAAAAGCCGUUGAUAAUGUGGUCAGCAGCCCCGAGCACUGCAAUGGUAUUAAUGGGGAUAACAAUCCCGAUGAAUUACCAGAAGAAACAAUUUAAAUAAACAACGUUCAUCAUGUAUUACAAACUCUGUGAUUCCAAAUAAUACUUCAUUGAUGGUUGAAAAGUUUUACUCAGCUAUUGAUUUUGGUAAUGGAUUCUUACAUAAUGGUUAGGUAUUUUAAAUUUAAUCAGUUUUAAAAUAGAUUUCUACAACAUAUCUAUUUAAUAUAUAUUAUAAUACUUAGUACAUUCCAACCUAUUUAUACUUAGGUAUCUAUUACUUCAAUAUUUUACUGUAUGCCUAUUGAUUUAUCAAAAAUUGUUACUACUUAUUUUGUAUUUGUGUACAUAAUUACACAUCCUUCCUAGAACAAUUUUUAAUUAGUUAUAUCAAAUUUCAAGAACUGCCUAAUAAUAAUGACUGUUAUCAUUUAAUCUACAUAAUUUCUAUGCGUUUCUACGUCUACGCAUUUCUUAUUUAAUUUUAGUUUUAAUAUUUUAAAAUACAUUUUUUUUUUUUAUCGUAUUGCAAUAUUAUACAAUAUACAUUCCCUGUUUAUAGUGUAUACAAAAUGGCUAGUAGUGAAUUGUUAUUUUUUCUCCCCAUUACAAUUAUAGAUUACUUAAUAUUUAUUUUAUACUCAAUGUAUAUAAUAAUAAUAAUAAUAAUAUGUUGCAUUUGUUUGCAUGAUAAUAAUUUGCCAUUAAUAAAUUGAGUCUAAAAUAUAAAUGUAAUAUUAUUUUACUUGAUUAAUUUUAAGAAUAGCUAUGUUGUCAAGCAGUAUUAUUAGAAACAUAACAGUAUUAUUUAAUAUAAAAAUAUUUACAUAAUAUGAUAUUUAAUUAUAAUUUUAUGAUACAUAUUUAGGCUUAUUAAUUCUAUUGUGCAAUCAUUAUAUUAUAUUUAAUUUAAUUAAGAUUAAGAUUAAGUUUUAUUUUCAUUCUUUUCAGUUUGUGAACCGAAUUAGAUUACCUAAGA